GAAGACACGGGUGCUGCUGCUGAUGAUGCUGCUGGUGUAGCUGCUUGGGUGGAGGGACCAGAGCAUGCUCGUGUCACGUCAGGUUGCACAGAUGAUCAUGCUCGGCUGCACGGACCUGAGCCUUGGAGUUGCUGGGGGCAGACACGCACACGGCCCAGUGACAACGGACAGAGAUGUGCCCUGCUGUUGAUAAAAGCAGGGAGCAAAGGCCCAUCCGGUCCCUGAAGGGUCCAAAACAAAGCAGCGAUGGCGAAGAGGGAUUACCUGGUAGAGGCGGCCAAGCAGAUCCGCAUGGCCUUGGACAGUGAGGUCAACGAGGACUAUGAGGCUGCUUUCAGCUACUACAAGAAUGGGGUGGACCUGCUGCUGAAUGGGGUUCAGUUGGAUCCAAAUAAGGAUCGUCGGGAGGCUGUGAAGAGAAAAACAACUCAGUAUCUGAAGAGGGCUGAGGAAAUCUUCAUCACACAUCUGCAGGAUAACCUUGGGAAAGGAAGCUCUCAUUUAGGGGGUUACAGCAGUCUGCGGUUCAGACCAAUCAGACACUUGAGUUCGCCUGUGGAGGACCUCGAGAUGUGUAAGGUGGUUGGAGUGACUGAUAAGGUCCUGAUUGUCCAAAGUAUGGUCAAUAAGGAGACAUUUGUCGUUAAGAGUCUGGUUAAGUCAAGCUGGGAGAGCAGGGAUCAGCCGACCAUUAUUCCUCAGGGGGUGCCGUACAUGGUAAAGCUGCUGAGAUACUACGUCAGCGAGGAUGCAGUGUACCUGCAUCUGGAGCAUGUGAAAGGUGGGAGGCUCUUCUCUAAGCUGAACAAACUAAGGAACGAGAAGGCUAAGGAACACCCAGAGUGCUUCACCGCUGGGCAGCCAAGCAUCAAAAUGAAGACCAGCUACACCUCACCUUCAAUCAGCACAGACUACCAGCACAACACUGGAGAAGGCACAAGAGUUAAGCUAAGUGAUGAGAGUGCUGAUACUGACUUUCCCACCUCAUGGGACGAGACUCAGCAGCUUGUGGAAAGCUGCGGCACUCACUCUUACAUCGAAGAGACGGGCUGUCUGCAGAACAAACGCUCCGCGGCUUCAUUUUAUACCAAGCUAGAAAGGCUAACCCUGCAUACUGGCCCCACAAGAGCGCAGGUCAACACCCACAUCCAUCCACCAGCUCCCAGUUUGUGUUUGCAUUCUGGUGAAACUCAGGAACAGCCCGCUCUUCCUCUGUCUUGCGCUCGUGUCAGUCAGGCCCUUAACACCAUGUCAGGCCUGCAUGCGAAGAAGGCCGGGAUGGGACUGACGGAAUGCAGCUCUGAGUUUGAAGUGGCUUGGAAAGCUGCUGAACCAGCACAAAACUGUGAGAAAAUCAACCCCUAUGCAGUAACUGAUAGUCAUUCACUUAACUUAAUAGGACCAACAUCACCUCAUACCAACCAGACCUCAUUGACAAAAGCAGGAUCACCCAGCAGUGAAUAUAACGGUUUGAGUUCCUCCCCAGCCAUUUUACAUCUUCCUCUCCAUUGCCAAACCCAAAUUCGAGGCAGGGCUUCAUGGGACACCAAUGGCUCCCACCAAGGGUCUGUUUUGACUGGUCAUGCCACAGAAAUGGUUACAGACUCAAAGCAGGAAAGCAGCCCAACCAGCGAGGAAAGAAACGGGAUGGUAGUCGUCAAAAGUACAGACAGAGCAGUAUUUUCUGAACACACGGACUCACAGAUUUCUGUAGAGAGCCAUUGGACUUCCUCUUCCUCCCUCUGUCACAGCUUUGCAGCAAAACAGGGGACAUUUUUAGGGGUCCAACUGGCCCUCUCAGGGGACAUGUACAAAGGUGGAACAAGCUCAAAAGAUGGUGUAGAGGAGGCAUGUGAAUUAAGUCCAAAAGAGAAGGUACCACCUACAAAAGAGCGCUCAUUCAUGAGCUGGUUUUCCUCCAACACUGCUGAAGCCCUGCCCCACAGGAAGACAGAGGAUGUUGUCCUCAAAUCAGAGGGAUCAGAGGGACAGGGGGAAGAUCAGAUCAUAGAAGUAGACGGCUGGUGCCACCUGCCUCGGUUUCCUAUGAAGCCCUCCAGGCCUGCAGAAAAGACCAUGCAGACUUGUUGGGGGCUUCCAGAAGCGGAGGUGCGUGUCUGGGGGGCUCAGAUCCUUCUGGCACUGGAGAGUCUGCAUCAGCAAGGCAUCCUGUGUCGGGAUCUCAACCCGAGAAAUGUGCUGCUUACCAGCAAUGGAAAGGUGUGUUUGACAUUUUUCGGCCAGUGGAGUGAGGUUCAGUCAGAGAUUUGCUCCAAAGCCAUGGACCAGAUGUACUGUGCUCCAGAGAUCGGUGGGGUAUCCAGAGUGACUGAGGCGUGUGAUUGGUGGAGUCUGGGAGCUUUGCUGUUUGAGCUCCUCACAGGAAUGCCACUCUGGCAGCUCCAUCCAGCAGGAAUCCACUCCCACACCCAGCUGCUCAUCCCCGACCACCUGAGCACAGCAGCUGCGUCUCUGCUCACUGAGCUGCUUCAGUUUGACGCAGGCUAUCGUCUGGGUUCUGGAGGUGGAGGUGUCAGCGACAUCAAGUGUCACCCUUUCUUCAGCGCCAUCUCCUGGAAAGCUCUGAGCUGUUAGCAGGAACAGCAGAAGCUCCAUUGAUACUCCCUGCUCGCUGUUAGACUGUGGUUAAUCUGAAUUAAAGCAUCCUCAUACGGCUGAAUGGGUGCAGUGACAGAUCCUGGUUUCCUUUGACUUUUGGGCUUCCACAAGAAAAAUGACAAAAUACACUGAAACAAGAACAAAAGUGAUCAUAUGCCCCUUUUCACAGCAUUUCGUAUUUCUAUCAAGACUUCACAAAUGGGAAUUUAAAGUUAUAUUCUGUUUUAUCCAUGCAUAUCACCCUUUGUUACCAUGCAUGAAAAUUGAAACCAACAGACUCAGAAAUAUUUGGACCAACUCACAACAAAUGUACAAAUAUAAGGAAAUGAGGCA